UUAAUGACGAGAGAUUACUUCUUCUUCCGGUUUUCCUUCUCUAUUUCAUAAUCACAGAAGUCUGCAAGAUUGCUGCUUCCAGACUUAAAAAUUGAAGGGACUCUUGGGGGUGGUUUGCUCAAGCCUACCAGCAAUUUGUAGUGGGGGCAAAUAACACUCUAAGGAGAGUGAUUAAUCAUGCCUUCAAUUUGAUUCUUUCCUACCAGUUCCUGACAAAGACGACCACAGCAGCGCCGCCGCAAAACCCUUCCCUGCCGUCUAACUAAAUGAAAUCAAAGACUGCCGCCUUCGACCACUUGUCGUCGCUCUUCAAAACCGCAGUCCCAAUUCGACGUCUCCGCUGCGAAUUAGUUGGAGAAAGCGAUGUCGAGUACUCCACAGACCCAACUUCUAAGGAGCUACUUCACGGGGAAUCGAUCGCCGUAAGUAUUCUCCGUCAUAUUGGCCAGCAUCAGAUCUCAGCGAUGCUUCACCAAGAAUAGAUCUCCCACUACUCGCAUGAUUCCGAUAUGAUUUGGGGGGGGGGGUGUGAAGAAGAGGUCAUCGGUUGGAUUUUGGAUAUGAGAAGAAGAUGGUGGAGGUAAUUAUCGACACAACAUGGGGUAAUUAAAGGGGAACUAAUUAAUUAUAUAAUAAUUUUUCUUAAUCUGUUGGUGGAAUCCAAGUCAAUGAUGACGUGGGCAAACCGAGUCUAGUUGGCGAUGACAUGUCGUCUAGGUGGAAGCCACAUCACUUGGCAAUGACGGUAUUAGUGACGACAUUAACGACAGUAACAGAAAUGGCUAUAGUUGACCAUAAAGUUUUAAAAACUUU